AUGGCGAGACGAGGGCGUCCUAAGAAAGAGGUUCCACCGUCAUCCUCCACCGUUUCCGUUAUAGAUGCUUCGGUCGUUGGCUCACCGGUGUCUUUGAAAAACCAGGUACCAUCAUCCACUGAAAGCACAAGUUUGAAAACCCCUUCGGUUCUAGCUUCAAAUGAGGAAGAAGGCGUGAAAUAUGUAAACCAGGAAUUGCCUAGGAAGCUGUGGGUUGAUAUUCUGAAUGAAAAUCGAAACCCAGCUAUGCAUAUUAAGUCUCAGGGUAAUAGGAAUGUGCAGAUGCAACAUCAACUUGUUGAAGGGGAAGAAAAGUGGACUCAGGUUCCAGGCAAUGGGAGAGAUAAAGGUAAAGGUGUGUUGAUUGAUCCCCAAGCAGUCAAACUUCAGUUGCCUCUGCUCCAAGCUAGAAAACAUAUUGCUAUGACUAGAAAUAAUCUGGAAAUGGCUCAGACUAGGCUUCAGGAUGAUAAAAUGAAUACUGAAAAGAUGAAUGAUGUUAAGAAGUUAUGUGCAGAGCUCUUGUAUUGGAAUGAAACAGAAAUAGCCAUCUUGAAGCAAAGAGCUAAAGUCAAUUGGCUUAAAUUUGGUGAUGAUAACUCCUCUUUUUUCAUUCGGUUGUGA